AUGGCCGCACGCGCAUCUUCCAGAGUAUCCAUCGCAUGGUCGGGAGCAGAACCUAUAGAAGAUACAGAUACGCUCGUCCUUACUAUCGAUGGGUAUUCAUUGGAUCUGAGAGUGUUCAACUCGGGCCCUGAUGAGGGGAAGAUCGAUUGGUCCACUGUCGCGCACGUAGGUGAGGUAGAAGGAUCCACCAAGGAGAAUCCAAUUCUCAAAUGGGAUCACAUCAUCGAUUCUCGUCCACCUACCGAUAUGCCCGAUCAAGGUAAAUUCGAGACUCUCCCCAAUGGAGAUGUGAUAGAAAUUGGUAUAAUGCACAAUCCCAAAACCAACCUGUAUGAGGACUACGUGGAGACAUGGCGUAGGAUGAAAUUGCCCGCUGCAGCACCUUAUAUCGUUCUAGCGUCGGGAGAUGGAGGAACACAAGCGUAUUUAGGUAGAGUAGGUGAACACGCUUUGGGAUUGGCAAAGUCGACAGAUGGAGAAUAUUACGCUUGGAGAGAUACAAUGGAAGAUGGCAAGUGGAAGAGGAUUUAUCAAUUCGGAGAGGACAUCAAGAGUCUGUUGCCUGAUUUACCGACUCACAUACCGGAAGAUUGGUCAAAAGACGAUAAUGUGACUUUGGAAGGUGAUAGUAAAUGGGUUGUAAAAACUAUAGGUAAAUUGUAG